CUUCACUUAACUUUUCACAUCAGUAAAGUGGCAAGUGCACGUUAUAAAAAUGGAAAAUAUUACUUUGUUUCACCAGGAAUCCAAUACAGAGUAUCAAAUUUGCUGCACAAUAGAUGAAGCAAGAAAAGCUGCAACAGACAUUACAUUUGCCACUGAAAUGUUAAAUAAAUUAAUUGAACAGAAGGAAUGUAAAGAGAAUGAUCAUCCAAACGUAGAAAAUCCUACCGAGGUUGUUGAGGACGAUUCUGAACCAGUUUAUCGUUGGUCAUCAUCUGCUGUAACUUUAUUACUAAGAACGUACGAGAAAGUAUGCAAAACAAGUUCAAUGAUGGCAAACAUUCGCAAAAGAAGUGUUGGGAGUUAA